GUUAUGCUCGUCCCUGGAUAUGAAGGCCAGAAGGUCCAAGAUGUUAAGAAACCUAUUCAGAAGAAAAUGGUUGAUAGUGGAGAAGCUGUGAUUUACAUGGAGCCAGAGAAGCAGGUUAUUUCCCGUUCAGCUGACGAGUGUGUGGUGGCAUUAUGUGAUCAGUGGUACUUGGAUUAUGGCGAAGUAAAUUGGAAGAAACAAACAACAGAAUGCUUGAAGAGUCUGGAAACAUUCUGCGAAGAGACUAGAAGAAAUUUUGAAGCAACUCUUGGGUGGCUGCAAGAACAUGCUUGUUCUAGGACUUAUGGCUUAGGUUCUCGGCUGCCUUGGGACAAUUAUUGGCUUAUUGAGUCCCUCUCUGAUUCUACAAUAUACAUGGCAUUUUACACAGUUUGUCAUCUACUUCAGGGGAAACAGCUUAAUGGUCAAGGGGAAUCUCCACUGGGUAUCAGGCCAGAGCAAAUGACCAAAGAAGUCUGGGAUUACAUAUUUUUCAAAAAUGCUCCAUUCCCUAAGACUACUAUCGGCAAGGAAAAGCUGGAUCAACUGAAGCAAGAGUUUGAGUAUUGGUAUCCUGUAGACUUGAGAGUAUCUGGCAAAGACCUUGUGCCAAACCAUCUGUCUUAUUAUCUCUACAACCAUGUAGCAAUGUGGCCUGAAGAUAGAGGUAAAUGGCCUGUCGCUGUCAGGGCAAAUGGGCAUCUGCUGCUGAAUUCUGAGAAGAUGUCCAAGUCUACAGGAAACUUCCUAACCUUAACUCAAGCAAUUGACAAGUUUUCUGCUGAUGGCAUGCGACUGGCUUUGGCUGAUGCUGGAGACACUGUGGAAGAUGCUAACUUUGUAGAAGCCAUGGCUGAUGCUGGAAUUUUGCGCUUGUAUACUUGGGUGGAGUGGGUCAAGGAAAUGCUCGCUAACUUUGACAGUCUAAGAAGUGGGACAAACCAAACCUUUAAUGACCGUGUCUUUGCAAGUGAAAUUAAUGCAGGGAUUGAAAAGACUGAGCAAAACUAUGAAAAAAUGAUGUUUAAGGAAGCACUAAAAACUGGAUUUUUUGAAUAUCAG